CUUGAAACCACGUCUACUUCCGCUCAGGUCAGUUACGUCGUGCUGUCUGCGCCUGCGGGGGACUGAGCACAACAAGGGAUAAACCAUUUCUGUGUACAGCAGUUAGUCUGUAGAAAUACCUCCACUGCUCGCUCCUACUCACCAGAAUGAAUGUGGGUGUGGCACACAGUGAGGUGAAUCCAAACACUCGGGUGAUGAACAGCCGAGGGAUCUGGCUGACCUAUGCACUUGGUGUAGGAAUACUUCACAUUGUGCUCCUGAGCAUACCCUUCUUCAGCGUGCCAGUGGUGUGGACUCUAACAAAUGUCAUACACAAUUUUGGAAUGUAUGUCUUUAUGCAUGCCGUGAAAGGCACACCUUUUGAGACCCCUGACCAAGGAAAAGCCAGACUUCUUACUCACUGGGAACAGCUCGACUACGGCGUACAGUUCACCUCAUCUAGAAAAUUCUUCACAAUCUCCCCAAUCAUUCUAUACUUCCUCGCAAGUUUCUACACAAAAUAUGACACAACACACUUUGUCAUCAACACCGCUUCACUAUUAAGCGUCCUGAUCCCGAAGCUGCCACAACUACACGGAGUGAGAAUUUUUGGUAUCAACAAGUAUUAAGUUAUUGUAAAUGCUGUGCCUCUCAGCAACAGAAGCUAAUUCCUGUGUAGUGUGUACCGCCGAUGUGUGUACUAAGUCAUACAGUUUGUGUAAAGGCCCCUGUUGUCAUUGAGAUAUAUCGGGUUUAAGACGAAAUGUUUUUAAAAAAAGAUAAACAGGAGACAUUUGUAGAUGACAGGAUGCCAUAUGCAUUACUAACUUAUGUGAAUAUUUAAUGAUGUAUUUUUGGCCUGCACAGACCUGGGCUGGCCCAGGCAUCAGUGAGGCUUUUGGUUGAGUUUAAUUUUUCUUUCCUUUCUUUACCCUCAAUUCACACAGUGACACAAAUUGUGAGUAUGAGUCUGUUUCUAGUCACAGAGAUGUUCCAAAUGUAUUUUUCAAAGAUGUUUACUUUGUAAGGAGAGGAGCCUGUGGCUCACCGUUUAUUGGUACUCUCAUUUUGUAAUGGAUGUCAAACAUAUUCAUGCUGAGCGAAGAAAAGAAUUGUUCUCUUUAUUAGCAUGAUUUUCUUGGUAUGUAAAUCAUUGCUCAUUUGUAGCUCAAUCAAAACAGAGCAGACUUUUUUCAUUGUACAGUUUAUUUUUUGUGAAUGUUAUGUCCUGUAUGUUAAAGAAAAAAUCUUGUCUGUAGAAAUGAGACAAAUUAUUGUUGUCGGGUUUAAAGUGUUUACUGAGGGAGAACUACAAUGUCUUUGUGAUAAACUUACACUCAUGUAGCUGCUGUCCUCAGAUUAGGACUUUUUGCUAUAAUCAAGGCAGCUAGUCCUGCUUUGUUUGGCCAUCGCUCAUAGUACUUGAUAUUUGUUGUUCUUAAUCUUAUUAAAAGUUUGUGCCCUCCA